CCCAAGAUGGCGUCGAUGGUGGAAGGUCCGCUGAGCAAGUGGACUAACGUGAUGAAGGGCUGGCAGUACCGCUGGUUCGUGCUGGACUACAACGCGGGGCUGCUGUCCUACUACACGUCCAAGGAUAAAAUGAUGAGAGGCUCUCGCAGAGGAUGUGUUCGGCUCAGAGGAGCUGUGAUUGGUAUAGACGACGAGGACGACAGCACCUUCACAAUAACCGUGGACCAGAAAACCUUCCACUUCCAGGCUCGUGACACAGACGAACGAGAGAAGUGGAUUCAUGCCUUAGAAGAGACGAUCCUCCGACACACUCUCCAGCUUCAGAUCAGUACUACACUUGCUUUUUUCCAGUCUUCUGGUAUCUCUCCAGUUCUUGAAUUUUCAAAAAUAAUUGGUUUGGAUUCAGGAUUUGUACCUACUGUCCAAGACUUUGAUAAGAAGCUUACCGAGGCCGAUGCUUACCUACAGAUCUUGAUAGAGCAAUUAAAGCUUUUUGAUGACAAGCUUCAAAACUGCAAAGAUGAUGAGCAGAGAAAGAAAAUUGAAACUCUCAAAGACACAACAAAUAGCAUGGUAGAAUCGAUUAAACACUGCAUUGUGUUGCUGCAGAUUGCAAAAGACCAGAGUAUUGCGGAGAAGCACGCUGACGGAAUGAUAAGUACAAUUAAUCCCGUAGAUGCGAUAUAUCAACCUAGUCCUUUGGAACCUGUGGUCAGCGCUAUGCCUUCCCAGACCGUCUUACCGCCAGAACCUGCUCCGUUGUGUAAGUCAGAGCAGCGCCCCUCUUCCCUGCCGGUUGGACCCGUGUUAGCUACCUUGGGACAUCGUCAGACUCCAACACCAAACAGUACAGGUACAGGCAGUGGGAACUCGCCACCUAGUAGCAGUCUCACUUCUCCAAGCCACGUCAACCUGUCCCCAAGUACAGUCCCCGAGUUCUCUUACUCCAGCAGUGAGGACGAAUUCUACGAUGCUGAUGAAUUCCACCAGAGUGGCUCCUCGCCGAAGCGCUUAAUAGACUCUUCUGGGUCCGCCUCAGCCCUGACCCCCAGCAGCUCGGGAAAUAGCCUGAAGCGCCCGGACACCACCGAGUCCCUGAACUCCUCCAUGUCCAACGGAACCAGCGACGCCGAUCUUUUUGAUUCCCACGACGACCGAGACGACGACGGAGAGGCCGGCUCCGUGGAAGAACACAAGAGCGUGAUCAUGCACCUGCUGUCGCAAGUGCGCCUGGGCAUGGACCUCACCAAGGUAGUUCUGCCUACAUUUAUUCUUGAAAGAAGGUCUCUUCUAGAAAUGUAUGCGGACUUUUUUGCACAUCCGGACCUAUUUGUAAGCAUCAGUGACCAGAAGGACCCCAGGGACCGGAUGGUUCAGGUGGUGAAAUGGUACCUGUCAGCCUUCCAUGCAGGAAGGAAAGGAUCAGUUGCCAAGAAACCAUACAAUCCCAUUUUGGGUGAGAUCUUUCAGUGUCACUGGACGUUACCAAAUGAUACGGAAGAUAACGCAGAGCUAGUUUCAGAAGGACCAGUUCCCUGGGUUUCUAAAAACUGUGUAACUUUUGUGGCUGAGCAGGUCUCCCAUCACCCACCCAUUUCAGCCUUUUAUGCCGAAUGCUUCAACAAGAAGAUCCAAUUCAAUGCUCACAUCUGGACGAAGUCCAAAUUCCUUGGGAUGUCAAUUGGGGUGCACAACAUAGGACAGGGCUGCGUCUCGUGUCUUGACCACGACGAACAUUACAUUCUCACGUUCCCCAACGGCUACGGAAGGUCCAUCCUCACAGUGCCCUGGGUGGAAUUAGGGGGAGAAUGCAAUAUUAAUUGCUCCAAAACCGGCUACAGUGCGAACAUCACCUUCCACACGAAGCCCUUCUACGGAGGGAAGAAGCACAGAAUCACCGCUGAGAUCUUUUCUCCAAAUGACAAGAAGUCUUUUUGCUCGAUUGAGGGGGAAUGGAAUGGUAUAAUGUACGCGAAAUACUCAACCGGGGAAAAUACAGUAUUUGUCGAUACCAAGAAGUUGUCUAUAAUCAAGAAGAAAGUGAGGAAAUUGGAAGAUCAAAAGGAGUAUGAAUCCCGCAGCCUUUGGAAGGAUGUCACUUUCAACUUAAAAAUCCGAGACAUCGAUGCGGCAACGGAAGCAAAACACAGACUGGAGGAGAGACAAAGGGCAGAAGCCCGAGAACGGAAAGAGAAGGAGAUUCCCUGGGAGACGAGGUUAUUCCACGAAGAUGGAGAGUGCUGGGUGUACGACGAGCCGCUGCUGAAACGCCUCGGCGCCGCCAAGCACUAGGCGGCGGGCUCGCCCUCCUCCUGCAGCCGCUCCUCGCUCAGGGACACUGGCCGUGACAGUGCGGGUGGACAUCCAGGCAAGAACCACCUUCCUUUAUCCCCUCUGCGGCACCUUAACAGUUUCAAGUUCAGUCCUGAGCACUGGCACAGGUUCUGAAACAUGAACUCUUCUCAUUUUGCCAGCCCCAUGCUUUGAAAGCAGUUAUCAGCGCAAGCCCCAGCCUUCCGGCCCCGCUCUGCCGCUGAGGUAGAAAGGAGGCCGUGGGGCUCAGUACCUUGGGUUCUAUGUAUACAUAUAUAUAUACAUACACAUUAUAUACAUAUACACACGAAUAUACCCCAGGGCAGACUUUUCAUAAGUACUCCCCUCUACUGUAAAUAUAAUAGUUCCUCAGAGUUUAAAAAAAUUAGUUAACAUAUUGAAAUCAAGUGUCGGGGAAGUCCACGAUUCUGCCUACGGUAACUUUUAUUGUGAAGCUAUUAUUGAAUUGUAUCUCAACGUGGAUUACAGUUUAAUGAUGAGCUGUGCUUCUGAAGACUUCAUAAAGUGAUUUUUUCCAGCCUUUUUAAAA